AUGGGAACUGGGCCUGUCUGCCUCCUGCGGGGACCCUGGCUGCUCCUCCCUGCCCCGCGCGGGUCUGCCUCCCGCGGGGACCCUGGCUGCUCCUCCCUGCCCCGCGCGGGUCUGCCUCCCGCGGGGACCCUGGCUGCUCCUCCCUGCCCCCACGGGUCUGCCUCCUGCGGGGACCCUGGCUGCUCCUCCCUGCCCCGCGCGGGUCUGCCUCCAGCGGGGAUCCUGGCUGCUCCUCCCUGCCCCGCGCGGGUCUGCCUCCCGCGGGGACCCUGGCUGCUCCUCCCUGCCCCGCGCGGGUCUGCCUCCCGCGGGGACCCUGGCUGCUCCUCCCUGCCCCGCACGGGUCUGCCUCCCGCGGGGACCCUGGCUGCUCCUCCCUGCCCCGCGCGGGUCUGCCUCUCACGGGGACCCUGGCUGCUCCUCCCUGCCCCCACGGGUCUGCUUCCCACGGGGACCCUGGCUGCUCCUCCCUGCCCCACGCGGGUCUGUCUCCCGUGGGGACCCUGGCUGCUGCUCCCUGCCCCACGUGGGUCUGCCUCCCGCGGGGACCCUGGCUGCUCCUCCCUGCCCCCACGGGUCUGCCUCCCGUGGGGACCCUGGCUGCUGCUCCCUGCCCCGCGCGGGUCUGCCUCCCGCGGGGACCCUGGCUGCUCCUCCCUGCCCUACGCGGGUCUGCCUCCCGCGGGGACCCUGGCUGCUCCUCCCUGCCCCACGUGGGUCUGCCUCUCACGGGGACCCUGGCUGCUCCUCCCUGCCCCCACGGGUCUGCCUCCCGUGGGGACCCUGGCUGCUGCUCCCUGCCCCGUGCGGGUCUGCCUCCCGCGGGGACCCUGGCUGCUCCUCCCUGCCCCGCGCGGGUCUGCCUCCCGCGGGGACCCUGACUGCUCCUCCCUGCCCCGCGCGGGUCUGCCUCCCACAGGGUCCCUGGCUGCUCCUCCCUGCCCCCACGGGUCUGCCUCCCACGGGGACCCUGGCUGCUCCUCCCUGCCCCGCGCGGGUCUGCCUCCAGCGGAGAUCCUGGCUGCUCCUCCCUGCCCCGCGAGGGUCUGCCUCCCGCGGGGACCCUGGCUGCUCCUCCCUGCCCCGCACGGGUCUGCCUCCCGCGGGGACCCUGGCUGCUCCUCCCUGCCCCGCGCGGGUCUGCCUCUCACGGGGACCCUGGCUGCUCCUCCCUGCCCCCACGGGUCUGCUUCCCACGGGGUCCCUGGCUGCUCCUCCCUGCCCCCACAGGUCUGCCUCCCACGGGGACCCUGGCUGCUCCUCCCUGCCUCGCGCGGGUCUGCCUCCAGCGGAGAUCCUGGCUGCUCCUCCCUGCCCCGCGCGGGUCUGCCUCCCGCGGGGACCCUGGCUGCUGCUCCCUGCCCCGCGCGGGUCUGCCUCCCGCGGGGACCCUGGCUGCUCCUCCCUGCCCCCACGGGUCUGCCUCCCGUGGGGACCCUGGCUGCUGCUCCCUGCCCCGCGCGGGUCUGCCUCCCGCGGGGACCCUGGCUGCUCCUCCCUGCCCCGCGCGGGUCUGCCUCCCGCGGGGACCCUGGCUGCUCCUCCCUGCCCCGCGCGGGUCUGCCUCCCGCGGGGACCCUGGCUGCUGCUCCCUGCCCCGCGCGGGUCUGCCUCCCGCGGGGACCCUGGCUGCUCCUCCCUGCCCCCACGGGUCUGCCUCCCGUGGGGACCCUGGCUGCUCCUCCCUGCCCCCACGGGUCUGCCUCCCACGGGGACCCUGGCUGCUCCUCCCUGCCCCCACGGGUCUGCCUCCCGUGGGGACCCUGGCUGCUGCUCCCUGCCCCGCGCGGGUCUGUCUCCCACGGGGACCCUGGCUGCUCCUCCCUGCCCCGCGGGUCUGCCUCCCACGGUGACCCUGGCUGCUCCUCCCUGCCCCGCGGGUCUGCCUCCCACGGUGACCCUGGCUGCUCCUCCCUGCCCCCUCGGGUCUGCCUCCCGUGGGGACCCUGGCUGCUCCUCCCUGCCCCCACGGGUCUGCCUCCCACGGGGACCCUGGCUGCUCCUCCCUGCCCCCACGGGUCUGCCUCCCGUGGGGACCCUGGCUGCUGCUCCCUGCCCCGCGCGGGUCUGUCUCCCACGGGGACCCUGGCUGCUCCUCCCUGCCCCGCGGGUCUGCCUCCCACGGUGACCCUGGCUGCUCCUCCCUGCCCCCUCGGGUCUGCCUCCCGCGGGGACCCUGGCUGCUGCUCCCUGCCCCGCGCGGGUCUGCCUCCCAUGGGGACCCUGGCUGCUCCUCCCUGCCCCGCGGGUCUGCCUCCCACGGGGACCCUGGCUGCUCCUCCCUGCCCCCACGGGUCUGCCUCCCACGGGGACCCUGGCUGUGUGACGGAAGCAUUCGUGACAUAA